CUUGCAACCAAUGGAGAUUCGAUUUGAUAUUUGGUGCGUGCUAGAGAGUAAACAAAGAUGGCUGACGAAGUCGAAACAAAAGCAAAGAAAAACAAAAAAGCCAGACCAAAAUCUGGGAAGGCAAAGGAUGAUGAGAUUCCACUUGCGGAUAUGAAGCCCAGCAGUUCUAAAUUUGACCACUUAUUACAGCAGGCUGUUGGCCAAGCCACUGAUGGAGCUAAAAAGAAGAAAAAGAAGAAGGCUGAGGCAGAAGCUGUGCUGGAAUCUCUAAGAAAAGGAGAAGGUCUCCAGAAAGAAGAAGAUGCAGCAAUUAAGGCCAACACAUAUGACCCAGAUAACAGUCCCAAAAAUGAGAAAAGCAACAAGCGCCGACAAAAGCUGCAGGAGCAAGCCAAGGACAAUUCAGCUUUUGUGAAUGAUGAUGAUAAAAAAGACAACACCAAGAAAAAGAAAAAGAAGAAACCAACAGAAAAGAGUGAAAUUGAGACAAUACUGGGAGAAACCAUAGAUGAACGAGCCACCACACCUAAGAAGAAGAAGAAGCCUCCAGAUGUUGAUGGAACCACAGACACACCAACAAAAACUGUGAGGAAAAAGAAGAAAGAUGUCAUGUCGGAAGAUGAGAGGCCGAUGUCCCCCACAGAGAGUGAAACAGGCAAGAAGAAGAAAAAGAAACCUAGUGAUAAGAGUGAGGAGGAGCAGCCAUUAUCAGAGCCGACCUCACCCACUAGUUCUAUGACAGAGAAAAAGAAAAAGAAGAAAAAGGUAUUGGAAGAGAGUGAGGGGGAGCGACCCAUGUCACCAGCAGAGUCUGUUACUACAACUCCCAGAAAGGGGAAGAAAAAGAAGAAGAAAGGAGAAGAGACUGAAGAUGAAGACACUAGACCUCUAUCUCCCUCAGAGGAUUCUAUGCCAGCCACACCAACCAAAACUAAAGGGAAGAAAAAGAAGAAGAAAGGAGAAGAGACUGAGGAUGAAGACACCAGACCUUUAUCUCCUUCAGAGGAUUCUACGCCAGCCACACCAACCAAAACUAAAGGAAAGAAAAAGAAGGGAAAGGAUGAAGAGAGGCCUAUGUCACCAUCUGAAGAAUCCGCCACAGAGGAGAAGGUAGAGAAGAAAAAGAAGAAAAAGAAAGAUAAGAAGCAGGAGGAGAAGGAUGAAGAAGAGACUGAAGAAAAGGCUGUUACAAAGAAAAAGAAGAAGAAAAAGAAGGAAGGUGAAGAAGAAGAGGAGGAGGAAGAUGAUGAUGAAGAAGAAGAGGGGGAGAUGUCACCUGAUGAGGAAACUAUAGUGAAAAAGGCAGCUAAGAAAAAAGAGAAGAAAAAGAAAAAAGAGCCAGUGGAUGAAGCAGAGUUACAGAGGAGACGGGAAGAGAUGAUGAAGGUGGAAGAUGAGGGAGAAGUUCUCUCUGUGACGGUCCAUCGGACAGACAAACUCAAAAAUGACUUCCACAUCCUCCAUCCACUAGUCAGAGUCCACAUAGUGGAUGAAACAACCGGCAACUACCUCCACAAACAGCACAUGGACCGUGCGGUAACAGCUUUCUUUGAAACCGAGAAUGAACAUGUUGACAAAAUCCUUCCCAUCAUGACUCAGCCAUUCGAUUUCAAGGAGAGGAAAUCUGUCCUACCAGUUUGGGAAGAGCUGCUUUUGUUCAACGAAAAUUUUAACUACUUCAUACAGAGUGAUGUUAAAGUCAUUGUUUUCUUUGAGGUGCUUGAUUUUGUGAGCAUGAACACAGCAAGGAGACAGUUCAGCAAUCAGAAGAGAGAGGGGGGCUGGUACAGAAUAGCCUGGGCGUUCCUAAAGGUGCGAGGAAAUAAUGACAAAUUAAACACUGGCUCCAAAGUGAGGCUGCAGCUCUUUGUUCCUCCCAGCGGCUUCAGCGCCAAACCAAACCAGCUGGAGGUUUACCAGUGGUGGAGUAGUAUGAAGAGGGAGCCCUACCCCUCCACUCUGUACGUGACCAUCAAAGGAAUCCGACCCCCCAGGGAUGUAGAACCGGCCCUCAUGAGGUCCAUGUUUGCUACCCAGGAGGAGGUUGGCUCUCGAACUUACACUGACUUGAAGAAAAGUACACAGUGGGGAGAAAAGAAAAAGGGGGAGCACAAAACUUUGUCUUCCUGGUCACGGUUGCCUGGUCAGACUUGCCGCAUUCCAAACGUCCUUCAGGUCACCCUUCCUGCUGGGAAAAAGGGCUGCUUUGUCCUCCGAUUCUCUCAUGACGGUCGCAGCUUGGCAUGUGCUUGCAAUGAUCGCGACCAGUAUCCUAUAUAUAUCUACGAGGUGCCAUCAUUUGAGCUGAGAGGAAAGUUGAAAGGUCACUUUGGAUUGGUGUAUGAUUUAUGUUGGUCAAAAAGAGAUACCCAUCUCUUGUCUGCAUCGUCUGAUGGAACGGCUAGGGUCUGGAACUUGGACAACUUUGACAGCUCAGAAAAACUUCUACCUCACCCUGGAUUUGUGUACACGGCCAAAUUUCACCCCCGCCUGGACUCGGUGAUUGCGACUGGGGGUUAUGAUCAGGUGAUCCGAGUGUGGGACGUCAGCGGAUCAGAGCCGCACGGAGUCCUGAAGCAGGAGAUUGAGGACCAUCGAGGACAUGUGAACACCCUGGUGUUUGAGGAGGACGGAGGAAAGAUGUAUUCAGGAGACAGUGCAGGAAAUGUCAUCAUCUUCAAUGUGUUUGUAGGGGAACAAGAACCAAGGCUAGGCUGGGAGAGAGACUGGACAUUGUUCAAGAAAAUCCUUGACCCCGAGCUGAAGGAUGUCCCCAUAAACUGUCUGACCCUCCAUCACAAUGGGCGACGACUACUGGUGCACAGCCGGGACAACAUCAUCCGAAUGUUUGACCUCAGGGUACAAAGGGUGAUGCAGAAGUACAUCGGGGCGCUGAACUUCCGAGAGGAGAUCCACAGCACCCUCACCCCGUGUGGCUCCUUCGUGUUUUCUGGCAGUGAGGACAACUUCGCCUACACCUGGAACACCGAGACAGGAGACCAAGUCGCCAUGUUUUCGGAGCUGAAUUACCAGUUCCCUGUGACGGACGUGGCGUAUCACCCUAGAGACCACAUGAUGGCGCUGUGUGCCCUUGGCGACAACCAACCAAUCCUCAUCUACAACUACGACCCAAAGGUGGCCCAGAUAGAUGCAGGCUUGUCUCCCAGACAUAUUCAAGUACCCGAGUACAAAGAGCCAGAGGAAAUUCCAUCCACAACUACAUUCCCAGGAUCCCCAAGAAAAGAGGAGACGAUGAAAACCGCCAAAACCAUGGGAUCUCGAGUCCUCUCCAAGGACGAGUUCCAGGCUCAUGCCACUGCUCGCUUUGAAAAAGUGAUGAGGAAACUCAAUAGUGCUACUGCUCAGAUGGCAUCUUCCCCAUCCAUGGAACUCCCUGGAGUUCCAGUGUCCACCCCCCGCGUAGGACACACUGGGCUGAUGAUGGACUCCAUGACUCCAAGAGCCAUGAUGGCCUCCCCACAAGCCUUCUCCCCCCACGCCUCUCGUACCCUGACGGGUAUCAUGCAGCAGCAGCAGUUCACCAACCAGUCCCUGUAUCUCAAGUCCAGCGACUCCGAUUGGAGGCCAGGAUUCUCUGAGGUUGGUCGUCAUGGUGCUCGAAGCUCUAGUCCUACAUUCAUUGGUCGACCACCCACAAUUUCUCUCUCACAGCAAGAAAGUGGUAAAGCUCAGUUUUCCUUCCAAGCAUCUGCUGGGAAAUCGGUCAGUCGGAAACAGGUGAUAGCCAUGUACGAUUACCGAGCUCAGAGGUCGGACGAGUUGACGAUAUUCAAGGGUGACGUUAUCACGGUGCUGUACAAAGACAACGACAACUGGUGGAUGGGAGAACUGCCGGACGGACAGCAGGGAUUCUUCCCCUCCAGUUACGUGGCCGAGGAAGAUGCAGACAACAUGGCUGACAAUCGACCUGUUGACGACAGCGAUGAUGAUGAGGAUGAUGAAGUAGCUCAGGUCAAGAAAAAGUACACAGCCUACAGGACGAAGACAGGGGAGCUGAAGUUUUUAUCAGGGGCCGAGGAGUCUGACGAUGAUGUGUUGGAGGCCAAGCCAAAAAAGAAGAACAGGGGAGACUUGGAGGCAGAGAGUGAGACAGCGUCCACAGGAAGUCAGCCGGGCACUAUGGGUAAAAAGAAGAAGACCGUCACUAUCAAUGAAUCAACGGCUUAAGUAGUCUAAAGUGCAUCUAUCUAUCUAUUAACCAGUACAAGGGACUUCAUUCUUUGUGAUAUUACAGCAUGACAAUUAGUUUUGUAUUCUCAGAGGAUUUGGUUGUUAUAUUGAUUUGAAUUUUUACUUCUAAAGAUUAAAUCAUAUAACUCAUUCAAACAGAACCCACUCAGAAGAUCAAUAUCUAUGUAUAAGUGAGCAACUGUGUGAGUUAGCAAACAUUUCCAGAAUAUUGUUCCAUGUGGUAAAAAGUGAUUUUUUAACUGGACAAAAUCCCUUCAUUAUUUUUUUUGCAGCAGUAAAUGCAUUUCUUUAAGAUUUUAUUCACAAGUUAUGACGAAAGCUUUCAUUGAAGUUUUUGCUCGACCAGUCUUGUAAUUUUUCAUACAUCCUUUGAGUGAAAUAAUCAAAGAGAAUUUUUUUUUAAAGGUGCCUUUGUCUAAAUAUUUUAUUGUCUUGUGUAACAUGACUGCAAGCACAAAUUUUUGAAGAGACAUUCCGACAAAUAUAGAGUGCUAGUGAAUGGGAGUUUUUGGCUCCAUUAUUUGCAUUUUUUAUGAUUUGCUAGGUUAAAAAAAUUGCUAAUUAUGAGAGGAUGCAAAUACUACUUGAUAGGUUGUUACCAAUGUGCCAAAUAUAUAUAUAAUGAACAAAUGUGAUAUUUUCCAUAGUUUUGUAUUGUUGUAUAGAUGUAAGAAUGUAUUGUAAGUAUAUUUUAUGUACUUGUAUACCUGUAACUCAUUUGUUUGAUUCUCAAUUUACACCACAAUGUACCGUCCAUUACUUAAUUUGUUGAGUAACAUGGGAAGUUAAAUAAUAUCUUGUAAUCAAUGUUUGUUUUAGGUUAAAUGGAAGCUGUGAUAUUUAGCGAAAUCACCCCUCCGAUUUAUCAGCUUUUUGUUCACAUUACAAGUCAUUACAUGGUUUUAAAGCAAGUUUGGACAGUUUUAUUGACAAAAUUGACAAGUUUUACCAAUUACAUCCCAUUACAAUUUCCCCACAAUCAAUAAUUACAGAAUAAAUAAAACAUCAAAAUAUUUGCACAGAAAUGAGAUGUUGAAAAAAGAGAAAUUUUCUGUCAGUCGAUUUUUAACAUUCAAAGUGGAGUUCUCCCUCAUUGAUUAUUGAUAUGUCACAUGAGAGGGGUUUGGAUGGAUGCAUUCUAUAAUGCAUCUUUAAUAAAUAGAAUUUUUUUGUUUAACAAUCCCUCCUGACUUGGUAAUUUGAGUCUUUUAUCAUCAUUACCUAUUUUUUGGUUUUUGUUUUUUUGUGAAUUUUUUUUGGGUCAGACAUUAGCUGUUUUAUAUGCAGUGAAAAGUUAUAUUUGGGAGUCUAAUAAAUAAUUAAUAAAUGAAAAUUAUUACUUUUAUGAUCUGUAUGGUCAUAAAAAUCAAAAUUAGUAUGUAAUAUGUUAACUGUUAAUUUUUUGAAUGUCAUAAUCAGUGAAGAAUCUCUAGUUCCUAUAUUUCCAAAAGAUCAUAAAUGCAUUUAUCUGAAUUUUUACAUGAAUGAAAUUUCAACUAUAAGUAUGUACACUUAUUUAUUUAUUUUUAUUUCUUCAUGUCUACUCUGUUCAAUUUAGUUUAUAUGUUAAUUUUAUUUAUUGUAAUUUCUGAGUUGUGGCUUUUAUAGUUUACUCAUGUAGGGUCACAUAUAUAAAGAGGCUAUGUAAUUUAUUAGAUUGAGCCAGCACAAGUUCUAUGCAAGAGCAGAGUUGAUGGUGAUGUGUUAGACAUUAUGUAGAUGAAUAAUUUUUAAUAAAGUUAUUAAUUAUGAAUGAAAAAA